AUGGCAAAGCACGCAGCCUCCGACGCGCUAAAAAAACGCCAAGAAGAAGAGGAAAAGGCAAGAGCUUACCGGAUUGCUCACGCAAUUUGGCUGGAUGAGCAACAGAAGCCAAAAGACGAGCGCCUGUCUUACCGGGAGGUGGCUGAGGAGGCACGCAAGCGAUGGCAUGCCAAGACAGGCCACUGGCUGAAGCUGAAUCACAACACUGUCCGUAAUCACGCAACUGGCAAAACACGUCCUCGGGAGGAGACUAAAUGGGAUUCAUCUCAUUUGAGCGCUGUCGAAGAAGAAGAGGUUGUCAAUUACCUCAUCGAGACGGCAGCUCAGGGCUUCGGGCUGUCACAUCGUCGUUUGAAGGAGCACGUCAUAGAGCUCUGCCGAGCGCAUUAUGGCACCUCCUUUCCUGGUCUUGGGAAGCACUGGUCCCACCGCUUUGUUGAGCGGCAUCACAAACACCUUCACAUAUACCGGACUCAGCCACUCCAUGAUGUCCGAGGGAAAGCUGCGAACCCAGAAAACCAUAAGGCCUGGUGUGAUCUCGUUGAGAACGUCCAGCUGCAUGGAGAUGAGGGCAACGCAAUUGCACCUGAGAACACGUACGCGCUGGAUGAGGCAGGUUUUCAGGCUAACGGUGAUGAGGGAGAAGAGCGGGUGAUUGGCGGAGUGGGCAAGAACGUCCAGUACCAGCAGCAAGCUGGAACGAGGGAGACAACGACUGUCAUUGUCAAUAUCUGCUUGGAUGGGACUGCCAUACCUCCAGCCGUUUUGUUUUCUGGAAAGGGCUUUGCGGUUCGGUGGAAGCAAGAUAACCCUGCAGAAGCAAUGCUGGGAUACUCGAAGAAGGGCUGGACGGAUAAUGAGAUCGGCAUCGAGUACGCAAAGCACUUCGAGCGAAUGACUCGUGAGAAGGCGGGUGGCAGGUGGCGAGUCCUCUACAUCGACGGACAUGGUUCACAUGUCACUCGCGGGUUCUUGAUGUUCUGCAAGGCGCAUAAGAUCCAUGUCUUGUGCUAUCCUGCCCAUACAACUCACAUUUACCAAGGUCUGGAUGUCGUGAUAUUCAGCCCGAUGAAGCAAAGGUUCGGUGAGAACCGUGACAAACUCUUUCGAGAGACGGGCCAGGAGAUCUCAAAAGAGAACUUCCUGGAGGUUUAUGGUGACACCCAUCUUGCGAUACUACAACCGGACCGCGACACCUCGUUUCGGCAUUACACCCCAGUUGAGCCACCAGCUGCUGUCCGCAUCAUGACGGAGCUGAUCAUUGACACCCUCCAGCCUAUCUUCAUCACGUCGUCUCCAAACAAUGAUUCGGAUACAGAUUCCGAAGGUGAGGAUGAGGGAGCCAGUGGGGAUGCGGUUGACGAGAGAGGUGAUGAGGAAUAUGAAGCGGGUGAAGAGGAGGAAGAAGCGGUGGCGGAUGGAGAGCAGGACAAGGAGGUGGAGGAUGGUGCUGAUGAGGAGGUAGAUGAUGUUGAGGAGGGGGGUGGUGAGGCUGGUCAUGAAGCGGGUGAGGAGGGAGAAGGGGAGGAACAAGAACCUGUAAAUGAUGAACCUGCCCACCCACGGCUUGACACCUUUCCCAUCCGAGCCGCCCUCGAAGAACUUGCCAACUCUGAUUGCGGCUUUCUCUUCUCACAAACACCUAUCCCAUCGUCUUCUAAUCCACCCGAUCUGCCGAAUGUUCUCAUCUCGCCUAUGAAACGUCGCAUUACCAAACCGUCAAUGUCAAGGCAAGAUGUCACAUACCUCACAACAAAGACGACAUCCACACCCGACGAGGACACCAUGCAGGAGGCUCUCAUUGCGAAAGCAGCGGCAGCAGAUUACUACAAGGAGCAGGCGAUCCGUAUGCAAUCCAUGCUCGUGUUGCAGCGAUUAUACUGCAACAAACUGCGUCGUCAGCUUCAAGCGAAGGAAGGAAAGGCAGAGAGGAAGAAGAAGGGGCGAGGAGGUAUUCUACGAGACAGCUUACCUCGUUUGAUGACACAUUCCGCCGUGAUUCGAGCCGUCAAGGAGCACGAGGAUGCGAAGGCGAAGGAGGCGCGCGACAAGGAGGAGAGGGCUGCCCAGCAGCUUGAAUACGAGGAGCGGAUGGCAGUGUGGCAGGCACAUGAGGAUGGUCGGGAGGCUAGGAAUGCGGCACUGUAUCGCCAGUUUCAGGAGGAUGCAAACAAGUGGACAGCAGCACGAGUAGCAGCGAAGGAGGCGGGCCGCAAGCUGAAGGUUUGGGACAAAGCCCAUCCAAAGCCUUUGCGUUCGAAUUACAAGGAGACCCGGGUAAAACCCCCAACCAAGAAGGCGCGGAAAGAUCCUGAGGAGGAUCCUGAGGAGGAUGUGGGUGGCGACGGUACGAUAGACGAAGAAUAG